GCGGUAGGCGGUGGCGGCGGCGUCGGAGGUCCCUGAGAUAUGGCCGCCUCGGUGUUCUGCUGCCUGCGGUGCUGCAGAGAUGGCGGGACGGGCCACAUCCCUCUGAAGGAGAUGCCGGCCGUGCAGCUGGACACGCAGCACAUGGAGCUGCCCAGCAUCUUUCAGUAAUGUCAUCCCCCAUUACCAUCUGCGUGGAAACUUUUCUUAACCUGUCUUCCAGUAAAUUCAAAUUCUUCAAUCACAGAAGAAGCAUGAUUUUAGAAAGCAAAUAAUAUAAGAGGAGAGGCUCAUCAAGUUAGGAACAGGUUUCAAGCAUCAGUUGAUCUUAAGUUGAAAUAUGAGAAGCACACUGAGAACGGAUGUUGUCAUUGUAAAAAAUGGAAGAAGAAUAUGUGGAACAGGAGGUUGUUUAGCCAGUGCACCUUUACAUCAAAACAAAAGCUACUUUGAAUUCAAAAUCCAGUCCACAGGAAUCUGGGGUAUUGGUGUUGCAACUCAGAAAGUUAACUUGAAUCAGAUCCCUCUUGGCCGAGAUGUGCAUAGUCUGGUGAUGAGAAAUGAUGGAGCCCUAUAUCACAACAAUGAGGAGAAAAAUAGGCUGCCAGCAAACAGCCUUCCACAGGAGGGAGACGUGGUGGGUAUUACAUAUGACCAUGUAGAAUUAAAUGUAUAUUUGAAUGGAAAAAACAUGCAUUGUCCAGCAUCAGGUAUACGAGGGACAGUGUAUCCAGUUGUUUAUGUUGAUGACAGUGCAAUUUUGGAUUGCCAGUUCAGUGAAUUUUAUCAUACUCCUCCACCUGGUUUUGAAAAGAUAUUAUUUGAACAGCAGAUCUUCUGAAUGUAUUUGUUUUUGAAACUUGUAUUUCUGCACUGUUAAAAGUGUUUACCAUUUAAUAAAGCUUUACCUGACCUA